UAUGGCUCUGCCCCCGCCACACAUUUUGUGAAACGAAAAAAACUGAUAGCCAAACUAACUAAAUUUAAAAUUAAAAAGAACAAUAGAAUUAGAAGAAACAAAUAAAAUAAAAUAAAAAAGUUGGAUGUUUGGAGGUUCCAGAUUCGCCGUUACGAGGAAACGAAGGUCAGACAGAGAAGCCAAAUAGUUUCUCCCUCCUCCUCCAACCAUUUUUGUCAAAUCUCUUCAUCUUCUCUAUUUAUAACCUAAUUUUUUCCAUUUCGGACAACAACAUAAACUCACUAAUCAUUUACAAACAUAAACUUGAGCAGGAACCGAAGAAAAGGACCCUUCUACACCUUUUCUUCUUCCUCUCUUUCCUUUCCCACCACCACCAAACGUUAAUUCAAGAUUCUCCCUUUAAUUUCUAGUCUUAUAUUGUAACGAUGGGAACCGAAGUCAUCAGGCCUCAGAACUGUCUGGUUAACCGGAUGAGAGAUUCUCCGGCGACCAUUUUUCACCAUCCCCGGAGAAACCAUCCUCACCGGAAGCCGCCUCUACGACCUGACCAAAGGAGACGGUUCGGCUCCGUCGACUUCAGAACGACGGCCAAGGACAUCGUCAGGAGAAGAGGAGAGUCUUUUGAUUCGUUUUCGAACAUCAAGAACCGGAGAUCUAAUGGACAUGAAGUAGUGUCUCCCGACGAUAUCUACGCGGGGUCUUCCAUUUUCGUUGUUUCUCCGGCGCCGAGUUCGCUCCCUCUGCCGUCGUUCUCGAGGAGGGAUGCGGACAGCCAUGUCGUUGUUGUUUCCGUUGAUGAUUCGGCGUCUCAGGAUCUCCGGCGACUUCUCCGGCUUGAGUUUUGAGUUAACGCGGGAAAAUUAAUGGGAUCGUCAGCUAUGUAACGGUUCUCAUAUGUAUUUAAAUCUGGGAAUCGUCUCCGUUAUUGUUUUUACCAAUCUGUCCUUCCUUCGAAAAAUUUGUUUUAGAAAUGGGUGGGGUCUGAAAGAUCGUAUAGAAAAGUACAGGGUCAGAUUUAGAAACAAAUGUUAAAAUAUUAGCUGACUUUUCAGUUU